GGGAAGUGCCCCGUCACGCCCGCCCCGCUGAAAGGUGAGCCGGACGGCAGUUCUCAAAGCCUCGCCGUGGCUCAGGACAGUCCCACCCAAGCGGCGGCGGCGACUCCCCCUCUUUGGACGCUACUCGCGCCGGAGGAGCGCGCGCCGGCCUGGUACCCCGCAGUCUGUGAGCUUCCGGAUGCCCGAGUCACGCCCUGGGAUUCGCAUGUCGCCCGGAAAAGGCGAUGCUGCUCUCUUAAGGCUUGAGGAGACAGACAACACGGCGUUUCAGUCGGCCGGGAAGCCUUUCCCUCUAAUCCGGAAGCUGGCCCUAUUUAAAGGGAGCGGGCGCUGCUGGAGCGACUGUGAAGCGGAAGCACAUGUGGGGGUUUUGCUUGUAAAAAGGACAUAAGUUUAAAACGCUUAUGAAGGUAACCAAUCAUUGAAAGGAAGAGCCACUAAGGGAAAAGCUGCAGAAUGGAGAGAGAAUUUGUGUAUAAAUUCAACGCUGGGAACCAGCAUUUUGUACUUACCGUGCCACUGAAAUUCCCAGUCCAAGAAAACGUUAGUCAUUUGCCUAGGCGUCUAAUGCUUCUUCAUAAUUUGCCGUUCUUCGUAGAAAAUGGCUUGAAAGAAUCGCUAACUCGAUUCAUAGAGGAGGAAUCUGUACAAGACUUUGAUAGAGAAGCAGAAGCGGCUCUGGAAGCUGUAAAAUCUGGUAAAGUGGAUUUACACCAGCUGGCUAACGCUUGGGCCCAAGCUUACACUGAAGCAACAUCAGAACAUGCAAGACCAGAAGACCCCAGCUGGGAUGAAGAUUUUGCAGAUGUUUAUCAUGAUCUGAUCCAUUCUCCUGCCUCUGAAACUCUGUUAAACCUGGAACAUAACUAUUUUGUUAGCAUCUCCGAAUUAAUAAGCGAGAGGGAUGUGGAGCUAAAAAAACUGCGUGAAAGGCAACGGACAGAAAUGGAUAAGGUGAUGCAAGAACUGGGGAAAUCAUUAACAGAUCAAGAUGUAAACAUGUUGGCAGCUCAGCACUUUGAAUCCCAGCAGCUAUUGGAGAACAAGUGGAACAAUGAAUUGAAACAAACCACAGCAAUCCAAAAACAGGAGUAUCAGGAAUGGGUGGUCAAACUUCACAAGGACCUGCAAAAUCCCAACAGCAGUAUUGGUGAUGAGAUCAAAGUUACUCCUAAUCAGUGGAGAGAAUCUGAAGAAGGAACUGGAAGACUCUUUGAGGACCAGAGGCAAUUGGAAGAAAGUUUCACUAUCCAUUUGGGGGCACAGCUGAAAACCAUGCAUAAUCUGCGGCUCCUGAGGGCAGAUAUGCUGGACUUCUGCAAGCACAAGCGCAGUCACCGCAGCGGAGUCAAACUCCAUCGGCUUCAAACUGCACUCUCGCUUUAUUCAACUUCGCUUUGUGGUCUAGUCUUGCUUGUGGAUAAUCGCAUCAGUUCCUACAGUGGGAUCAAAAGAGAUUUUGCAACUGUUUGCCAGGAGUGCACAGAUUUCCAUUUUCCUGGAGUUCAGGAGCAGCUUGAAAUUGUCCAGCAAGUUGUACUUUAUGCCCGAGCACAGCGGAGUAGUAAGUCCAAAAGACUAAAUGAAGCAGGAAACAGAAUUAGCGGCAAUGAAGAUAAAUCUAAGAAUGGUGAACAAAAUCAAUCAAAUAUUUUUCCAGGGGAAUUUUACAUCACCCGACAUUCAAAUCUCUCUGAAACUCAUGUGACUUUUCAUCUUUGUGUGGAUGACAAUGUGAGGUCAGGUAAUAUUACAGCCCGGGAUCCUGCAAUCAUGGGCCUCCGAAAUAUCCUUAAAGUGUGCUGCACCCAUGACAUCACUACAGUUAGUAUUCCUCUUUUGCUGAUACAUGAUAUGUCUGAAGAAAUGACAAUAUCUUGGUGUCUGAAAAGAGCAGAGCUUGUAUUUAAGUGUGUCAAAGGGUUUAUGAUGGAAAUGGCUUCCUGGGAUGGUGGGAUUUCUCGAACUGUUCAGUUCUUGGUACCACAGAGUAUUUCUGAAGAAAUGUUUUACCAACUGAGUAACAUGUUGCCACAGAUUUUCCGUGUGUCAUCUACGCUCACUCUGACAUCCAAACACUGAACUCCCUCCAAUGUUCUACAAAGCAUGAAUAAGAUGACGACACUGAAUUCAUUUCAAUACCUGAAACACUUCAAUAUCUUGAACAUGAUUGUGGAAAUUCCUAACAGAAGCACCUGCAAUAUUAAAAAAAAAAAACUGUAUGCCUACACAAAGGGAAAUUGGUAAUGGGUGAUUUUUCUUUUUUUUGCCAUUUUGACUUCAGCCCCCCCCCCUCCCUAUUGAACGUUCUUCUGAGGUCCUUCCGACCCUUAAAUAACAAGACCUGUAGUAGUAAAAUGGGAAGCUAAAAUGUCUGUGUAGCACUGGAAAUUAGCCAAGUUGUAUGUUGGAAAUAUAAUUGUCAAAGGAAAAAAAAAUCUUGCUUUUUUUUCUAGAUAUCAGUGUAUUGAAAAAAGUUUUCUUACACAUUUUGAGUUUGACACUGUUUUUUUACUUCACAGAAUAGAAUUUUAGCAUAGGUGAAUAUAGUAAUAACACAAGCUAAACGGUUCUUAGAUUAGAUUAGAUUUUAUUCUUUAGGGCUCUAACUCCUGCUACCAUCAAAUACUUGGCUGGAUUUUUACAGCCCAGAUACAAUAGUUCUGUUUUAGAUGACAUUCUGUUUUGGUCUUGAGCUCAUAAAAGAGAUAAACAUGGAGAAUAUAAGGCCAUGGCAGUAAGUUAAGAACUUCAGCCUUUUAAACAAAUAAGAGCAGGGGAGCAAUUCAGGCUGUUGCUUCAUUGUGGAAUUCAUGCAUUGUACCUAGCCAUAUAGCAGUUUGGUUUUGGCUUAAUGUGUUGAGUGAUCCCAGCCAUUGUAGUUUGUAAAUCAUGGCUUAUGACUUAAAAGAUUUGAUCCACACAAUGUCCAGAAAAAUAUGGUUUGCACUGCAAAUACUCAGGAUAUUGUUUCUAUAUUGCAGCUGGUGACGAUAACAUCAGAACAACUCCAUCUGAGUUAUCUUUCUGCCAAUAAGCAAAAACAUUUUCUUUUAAGUACAUUGAUGGACUUCUGCUGCUGAUUUGGUGGAACAAGGUGCCAUUUGGUAAUGGUAGUUUUGGAGACAGAUGGAAGUUGAAGAAAUAAGUACAUUACUAAAAGAAGUGUAACCAUAAUUUGGUCUCAAAUUAAUUAAGGUGACUAGGCAUGCCUCUGUUUCAUCUAGAUUAAGAAAUGAGUUUGUAACCUAUAAUACUAAUUUCAAUUUGCUUUUAGGUUGGCUACUACUUGUGUUUUAAAGUAUUGUUUGGAUUAUCAAAAAAACCUUAAUGAGGCCAACUUAGGAUCUAAUGUAAUGGCUGGAGUUGUGGCUUGUCUACUUUUUUUAGAUGUUUUAUCCCACUGUUAUUAUUUUUAUAAGUAACUCAAGGCGGAGAACAUACCUAAUACUCCUUCCUCCUCCUUUUUUCCCCACAACCACCACCCUGUGAGGUGAGUUGGGCUGAGAGGGAGGGACUGGCCCAAGGUCACUCAGCCAGCUUUCAUGCCUGAGGCGGGACUAGAACUCACAGCUUCCUAGUUUCUAGCCUGGUGCCUUAACCACUAGACCAAACUGGUUAAAUUAUUAAAUGAUUUAAUUAAAACUUAAAUCCAAAAAGACUGAAAUACCUUACAGAACCACUGCGUAUGAUAAAAUGAACCUAUUUCUUUAUAUUUUCUCCAAUAACAGGGCCUUAUAUUAGAAACUCACUUGAGUUUCUUUAGUUUUAAGUAUCAUCUAUAAAUUGCUUUUGUUGAGUGCUCCCUAAUUUUGGCCAAAAUUGAUUUUAAUGGUUUUCUCUAAAGUCAAAGUAAAAGGGUUUUUAUAUCUGAUUCCAAUAUUGCUCUUAACCAAUUCAAAAAGUUUGUCUUCUAACAGAAUGUUGUAAAUUUUUGAAAUCCUCCCUUUCUCCCUAUUGGAUGAUGAAUUUAACUUAGUUUCAAAUUUAGCCAAAUUUAGCCUAUACAUUUAGCUGUAUAGGUUCUAAUUGCUAGAGCUGCAGUGAAAUGCAGAAUAUGCAUUUCAAACCAUGAAUAAGCUAACUUCUUAACAUUAUUUGCAGUUGUUUGCCCAUUUUGAGAAUGAUCCUAUCAUUUCAAAAAUCCCUGUUAAAAUUCUUUUAAAUAAUAA